GUGCCGAACAGAAAUGGUACCGUACUAAUACCGUAUUUAAUAAGCGCGGAGCGAGCUUGGACAUCGGGGGAUAGUUAAUUGUUUGCUGUUAUGGGAAAGAAAAAAGGACAAGGAAAGAAGGAUCAUGGAAAAGGUGGAAAGCAGAAACACGGCAAACAACACAAAUUCUUCAAAAUCGGCGGCGGUACAGAUGAAGGAGCAUCUCUACCAGGGGCGUUCAACGAAGGAGAUGAUGUUGAGGAAGAGCCAGAUCAUCUGAAGAUCCCCAUUCCUCUGGCAAUGUGGGACCUAAUGCACUGCGACCCCAAGAAGUGUACGGGUCGCAAGCUGGCAAGGAAACGUCUUCUUCGUACUCUGAAGCUCUCCCAGCGCUUUGAUGGGAUCAUCCUAUCUCCAAUGGGUACCAACUGUGUCUCGCCACAAGAUAGAUCAAUAGUUGAGAAUAACGGUGUGGCUGUGAUAGACUGUUCAUGGGCGCGGCUGGACGAGACACCUUUCUCCAGGAUGAGGGGGAGUUAUCCACGUCUCCUGCCGUACCUUGUGGCUGCCAACCCUGUCAACUAUGGCAAACCUUGUCAGCUGAGCUGUGUUGAAGCACUGGCUGCCACCCUCUAUAUCACGGGUUUCCAGGAAUAUUCGCUUCGUCUUCUCAAGCGUUUCAAGUGGGGUCCCGUCUUCAUUGACAUCAACCAUGAACUCCUGGACAUCUAUGCUGCUUGCAAGACGGGUGCUGACGUGGUCAAGGCCCAGCAAAAAUGGAUGACCCAACUCAAGCAGGAACAAGAGAGAAGAAAUCUUGUUGAUCCUAUGGAUAUUGACAUGAACAGGACAACGUACAACAUGAAUCGCCAGCCAGAGUAUGACAUGCCUUCCUCUGAAGGUGAAGAUUCUGAAGACUCCGAUGAUGGGGCGGAGGGAGAAGGUGGCAAGGUUGAAAGCGAAGAGGAAGAAGAGUCCGAGGAAGUGCUUCAGCAGCGUAAUUACGACAUGCCAGAUUUGGAAUCAUCAAGUGAAAGUGACUGUGAAGACGCUUUGGAAACGAACUUGAUGAAUGGAGAAGCUACGUCAGAAACAAAUAUCUCGUUUGGACAAGGUUCCAGUGGCCACAAGGACGGUCUUGAUGUAGCUUUAGGGGAAACAGGAUUACCUAAGAAUGUCAAAGAUGUGAAUGAGAUGGAUCAAAGGACUCGUGCAGAGGAUGAUCUUAUAUGUAAUGGAGAUGAUGUUCCUGUAGAAUGCGACAAGGUCAGCACUGGACUCCAGAAACUUCAUAUAGACAGUUGAUGUUCAAACCAAUAUUUAAAAAGAACUUAUUUAGAGUUUUACAGGUGCCUUUAUUAUUUAAAGUUUUAUUGCUAUGAUCUCACCUCUCUUUUCCUUAAUUGCUUCUUUUUUCUCUCCCUCUCCCCUCUCUUUCUGUCUGUCCUUUUCUCUCUCUCCAUCUCUCUCCCUUCCUCCUUUCUAUGUUUCUGUCCAUUUCUCAUUUACUUUCUAUUGUGUAUCUGUCUUUCUCUCUUAUACCUUUCUAUAUCUUCCAAUACUUUACUGUUACCUUACAUUUAAUCAUUUUCCCUCUUAAAACUAUCAAUGAUGGAUGCAAAUAAAAUUCAUCACACUUAGAAUUAAAAAUUAACUUAGAAUUAAAAAA